AGAUCUCCCUCCAUUUCCCGCUCCUAAAACUUUCUGAAAACCCUUUUUUUCCUGCCAUUGUAGUUGUCCUCCAGCCCAAAUUCAAACCCCAUGGAAACCCUAACUUUUGGAAACCCCAAUUAGAAGAAACCUUCAUCUCACUCUCAAAUUUCACAUACAUCGAACCUUCACUAACUCAUCUUCUUUUGCUUCUAAAAUCCCAAAUCGCUAGACCCGCUUCUUCUCUUUGUUUCGUUCAAAUCGCGUCUUACUGUUUAAGGUUGUGGUGAGGAUAUGAUCUAUGGCACUUGCACCACAGCUUUUAAGUCACUGAGUUCCAGACCACUACUGUUGCAGAAUUCAUUGAAUUAUCAAGCAAAGUUAUCCUCCAAGUGUUUUCCUAGGCAGAUAAGAAUGGAAGGUAAUCUUAGUUGUAGCAUAGAGGGCAACAAUAAGGAUUAUAGAGGUGCCUUGAUUGUCCUAGAAGGCUUGGAUCGGUCUGGGAAGUCUUCUCAGUGCAGCAGACUAGUGUCCUACUUGGAGGGACAAGGGCUCCCUUCUGAACUAUGGAGAUUUCCUGAUAGAACUACUAGCGUUGGGCAAAUGAUAUCUGCUUAUCUUACAAAUGCAUCGCAGUUGGAUGAUCAUACUAUUCAUCUUCUCUUCAGUGCUAAUCGUUGGGAAAAGAGGUCAUUGAUGGAAGCAAAAUUGAAAAGUGGAAUCACCCUCAUUGUUGAUCGUUAUUCUUAUUCUGGGGUGGCUUUCUCAUCUGCUAAGGGACUAGAUAUUGAAUGGUGUAAGGCCCCGGAAAUUGGAUUGCUGGCUCCAGAUCUGGUAGCAUACCUUGACAUAUCACCAGAUAAAGCUGCAGAAAGAGGAGGGUAUGGUGGUGAGAGAUAUGAAAAAUUGGAAUUUCAAAAGAAAGUUGCUGAACAUUACAAAGUUCUUCACGAUUCCUCCUGGAAGGUUGUAGAUGCUUGCCAGCCUAUAGAAGAUGUGGAGAAACAGUUGCAAGAGAUUGUACUUGCUUGUGUCACAGAAUGCCGGAAGGGGAGACCACUCUCCUCGUUGUGGUCGACAGACAUGUAGUGCCCUUGAAUGAGAUGUCAUAUAUGAACAAGUAUGCCAUAUAUAUUCUGCACACCAAACCCUUUUUAUGGAUAAUUCUGGUUGAUUCAUUCCCACAUCAUAAUUUCAAAUUGUUUGCUAAGUAAUUUGAUGACAGCUUGGAGAAUUUUAGUAUACUCAAGUUGGAAGGAAUGAAAAAUUCCUUAUUCAACAAAUGUGGCAGCUCUAUCAUUGGGAUUGCCUCAAGAGUCUUUCAUGUCUGGUGCGACUGAUAGGACGAUAUUAUGGGAAGAAGCCAAAUUGGUCCGAGGAUUAUUUUUUAGUCCAUCAAAUGUUACAUCUGUUUACGUGCCUUCGAGAGAAACUUGUUUUUUAAUUAAAUUUUGUUUCACAUUAUUCUGGAUUUAAUGUUAUAUAUAAGUUUUUCAAUAUUAGUCAGGAUUCACUUGACAUAAA